CCUGACUCCUGUUCCCCACUGCGAGAAACCGAUGAACCGAUUCUUUUUUUUUGUGGGAUCGACUCCCAGUUCUUGGGAACAGGUCUACUGCUGUUUUUAUCUCGUUCCCGAAGAAAGCAUUGUGAUCAUUGGGACGAGAGAGCGCUACCAUGAGUGAUGUUCUGGAGUUUAGUGACAUUUAUCAGGAGGUCAAGGGUUCCUGGAAUGACGGGCGUCUGCGGUUCAGUAAGCAGAUGGUGGUUUAUAAAAACAGUAAGACGGGUAAAGUGGACAGUAUCCCUGUCCCAGAGCUCAGUCAGGCCCAGUGGAGGAGGGUCUGCCUGGGUCACAGCAUCAAACUGUCCACCAGCACUGGACACGUGUACAAAUAUGAUGGCUUUAAAGACACCGACUUUGAAAAAAUCUCGGAGUAUUUUAAAGAUAAUUACAAAGUGGAGCUGACCGAAAAAGACAUGUGUGUGAAAGGCUGGAACUGGGGCACUGCUAAAUUCAAUGGCCCACUGCUGUCAUUUGAAGUGAGUGACACUCCUGUGUUUGAGAUUCCGCUGUCCAGUGUAUCACAGUGUACCACUGGAAAAAAUGAAGUCACUCUGGAGUUUCAUCAGAAUGAUGAUACAGAGGUGUCGCUCAUGGAGGUGCGUUUUUAUGUCCCACCCAGUACAGGAGAUGAGGGGGCGGACCCUGUAGAGGCAUUUGCCCAGAAUAUUCUUUCUAAGGCAGAUGUGAUUCAGGCUACAGGAGACGCUGUGUGUAUUUUCCGAGAGCUGCAGUGUCUUACACCCAGGGGAAGGUAUGAUAUACGUAUCUACCCCACCUUCCUGCAUCUGCAUGGUAAGACAUUUGACUACAAGAUCCCCUACACCACAGUGCUGCGUCUUUUCCUGCUCCCCCACAAGGACCAGAGACAGAUGUUCUUCGUGAUCAGUCUGGAUCCUCCCAUUAAACAAGGACAAACCCGCUAUCACUUUCUCAUCCUGCUAUUUUCCAAGGACGAGGAUAUCAACCUCACCCUCAACAUGAGCGAGGAAGAGGUAGAGAGGCGAUUUGAAGGAAAGCUGACUAAGAACAUGUCUGGCUCUCUAUAUGAGAUGGUCAGCAGGGUUAUGAAGGCUCUUGUCAACAGGAAGAUCACAGUACCUGGAAACUUUCAGGGUCACUCUGGGGCUCAGUGUAUCACUUGCUCCUAUAAGGCCAGCUCAGGUCUGCUGUAUCCUCUGGAGAGAGGCUUCAUCUACGUUCACAAGCCCCCAGUGCAUCUGCGCUUCGAGGAGAUCUCCUGUGUGAACUUUGCCAGAGGCACCACAACCACACGCUCGUUUGACUUUGAAAUUGAGACCAAACAGGGCAGCCAGUACACAUUCAGCAGUAUUGAGAGAGAAGAGUAUGGGAAGUUGUUCGAUUUUGUCAAUGCUAAGAAACUGAGCAUCAAGAACAGAGGCUUCAAAGAGAAAAAGGGUAUGAAGGUCAGAGAUGACAUGUACAGUGACUCUGAUGAGGAUCAGCAUGACGCGUAUCUGGAGCGCAUGAAGCAGGAAGGGAAGAUCCGUGAAGAGGCCAAUGACAGCGAUGACUCGGAGGCUGGCAGCGAUGAAUCAUUUAACCCUGGAGAUGAAGAUGAUGAUGUCGCAGAAGAGUAUGACAGUAAAGCCUCAGCCAGUGAAAGUAGUGCUGAAGGUGCAGACAGUGAAGAAGACAGAAAAAAGAAACCUGUCAAAAAAGCCAAAACUGUGAAGGAGGCUAAGCACAAAAAGGAGAAGAAGAUGAAGGACAACAGCGCCCCUAAGAGGCCAAUGAGUGCCUAUAUGCUGUGGCUCAACUCCAGCAGAGAUCGCAUUAAAGCUGAAAACCCUGGAAUCUCAGUCACUGAGAUUUUAAAGAAGGCUGGUGAGAUGUGGAAGCAGAUCAGCAAGGAAAAGAAAGAGGAGUGGGAAGGGAAAUCUGAGGAAGCCAAGAAAGAAUACGAGCGAGCGAUGAAACAGUACAGAGAAAAAAGUGGAGGCACCUCAAAAAAGCCAAGAAAGAAAGGAGGAAAAAGUGACGAGAGAAAGAAAAAGAAGUUAGGUGGAGGGAGGGAAAGAGAGAGGAACAAGCCAGCCGGGAACGAAAGCUUUAAAAGUCCUGAGUUCAUCUCCAGUGAGGAGAGUUCGUCCGAGUCCAACCGUGGAAAAGGCCGUAAACGCAAGGGCUCGGAUAAUGAGGAGAAACAAGCAAGCAGCACUCCCAGCUCAGAGGAGUCUGUCUCAGACUAAGACACUAGCAGCAUGACAGAGCAUGAAAGAAAGAGACAGGACAAUGGAGUCGUCGUGCCCUGUCCACGUGUGUUUUCAUUUUCAUAUUCUUUCUCCAUGUUUAAUUUUAUCCAUUUUAGUAUGCAUUUUAUAUAACAAACACUAACAUGUAUUACUUUCUAACCUGCUUAACUCUGAUGUUUCUAGUAAGUACCAUGUGUUAUGUGAAUACAUUAAGGUUGGAAAAAAUCUCAAAAACAUUUGAAGAUGAUGUUAUUGAAUAUGUUAAACAACUUCUCGGUCACAAUGUGAAUUUAAGCAAAUGUGUAAUAUCGAUCUUGUUUACUCCUUUGUACAAAAGGUCAGAUUUUCCAUAAGUUUUAUCCCUUUCACUGAAGCAUGUGUUCAGACAACACUGAAGGUGUUUCAAUAAUUUUCUAACACAGGAGUUUUUUUAAACCAAGACUUUUUUUUUAUUUUAUUUCAAUGCUCAUAGUCAUUGUAAUACGUUAUCAUUUCUAUAGUAACAAUUUACUGGGACUUGUAUAGUGGACAUUCAGAUUUUUUUUAUUAAUGUAAAUGUGAAGCUUCUGUGAGAACAUUUUUAGAAGGAGUCCCUAAUGCCAGCACUUUGCAACAAUCAGAGGUACAGCUGUUCCUUUUUCUGUCUGAUGAAGGAACAAAUUUUUAUAAUGUAAGUAAUUACACAAACAGAUUGUUUAAGCAGACAAAAAAAAUGUAUUUGCCAUCAUUUAAGAGAUAAAUGAAUAAAUAAACAUUUCGCAAAGGUUUUACAGCAUUAAACCUUUAAAAUAGACAAAAAUAUGGUGUGUAUUCCAUUGUUCAAUAAAUAAAGUGUUUAGCAUUGGCAUAUUGCUGCGGUAUGAGAGGAAUGAAGCACUUCAUGAACAUACUGUAAGUGGUAAAUAAUCACACCCCCCUGUCUUUUUAUUAUUUCCCUGUCAUCUUAUGUUCUUUAUAGAAUGAUGUUUCAAAACAAAUAAUAAUUUAUUACAACCCCAGAGCACCUUUACAUCAUUGCUGAUGAUUGUGUUAUAAAUAUAUUCUGUAAGUAUUUAAGUGUUUUCAUCUUUCUGGUGUUCAAUAUUGCCCUCGUCAUUUCAAACUGGUAUUUAUUAAUGCUUGUUGUGACCUGACAGCUUUUUGUGGAUGUUCAGUAUAAGCCAAAAUGUUAAUGUGUUCAGUCCAAUUUUUGAGCAACAGACUGUAAGUUCUCAUUAAAUCCCUAUUUUAUAUAAGGAGCAA